AUGCGCGUCCAACAACUUCUUAGCUUCGGCUUGCUGCUGGCAAGCUGCACCGCGCGAUCAACCGCGCCUCUGGGCCACAAGCCCAGAGAUUCUAGCAGCAAAAAGACCUUCGGGACCAAAGCCGAAUGUAUUGAAUCACAGUGCCACAACGGCGACUGGUUCAUGACCGUCCGGGAGGACUUCAUAACACACUUGAAAGAGAGGGAGGUCGACGAGUCGUCACUAUUCUCAGCCGAGAUGGACGCAAAUAUAAAAAAAUGGGGCAAUCCGGAGCCGGCUUCCUACGACGAAACGGAGUCGGCUUCCGACGAUGUUUUUGAGUAUACUGGUGCAGAUUACUGCACGUACCGGUGGAAUGGAAAGGACAUGGACUGGGAUUUUAUGGGCUUCUGGGAUGAAAACUGGAUUUUCUACGAAGUGAACAAGGAUGAGAACGGGAAUACGGUAUACACUCCAGCAGGCUGGCAGGGUGCCGACAACAAAUUUCACAAGAUGAACGAGGUGCCACCGGAGGCCAAAAGGAUUAAGAACUCGGAGUUUGGGUGGUCGGUACCCAAGCUAGAUACCAAAUCUUCCGUGCUAGAGAACACAGCUAAGAACAGGGAAGACCUAAAGAAGAAGGGGUAUGUGAAAUAUGCGACAUUUCGGGAUAAGAAGGAUCGCAAAGGAGGAAUCAUGUGGAGAAACAAGAAAGAUAUCAAGGAUAAGGUUUAUAUGUAUUCUCCUAAAGGUCGCAGUAAGGCAGCUAAGGCUCCAUUGCAUUGUAUAACUACAUAG